GUGGAAAUUUGGCUUGUUGACUUGUGUUGGAAUAAAAUAGACUCUAGAAUCUAGAGUCUGUCAAGAUGAGAUUCUAGACUCACCAGAUCUAGAUUCUAGAUCUAGAUUUUCUAGUUCAAUACAGAUUCUACUUGUUCAUCGCAAGCUCAUGUCACCCUGUACGACAACAGUCAAUAUUGAAAUAAUUCGCAGUCUGUAUUGUUUGGUGAUGAGCUACAAUUUUAAAGAGGAGUCAGUUGUGUGAAAACUACAUUUCAAGAACAAACCCAGAACAACUUUUUCACUUCUGAAGUGGGGUCUGUGAGCCCAGACUGUAUUGAUGUCUUGUCCAUUGCUUUUCUGGCCUAUUUGGUAAUUGGAUAUUUGUCAAUGGCCAUCCUUUUUAGAUUCUGAGAAUAUAUGUGUCCCUUUGCUCUUGCUACUCAUACAACAUGUCAGGUUUUAAUGGUGAUGUGGACUGUGACAUUGCCUCUGCCAUAUUCAAAGAAUUCCAGGCAAAGUCUUUGCAUGCUUUUUGUGACUUCACAGUCAUUGUGGAAGGACAAAAGUUCAAAUGCCACAGGUUUAUAAUGGGUGCCUGCUCAGAGUUCUUCAAUGGCCUCCUACGGUCAGGUAUGCGUGAGAGUUUAGAGCAAACAGUGACCAUUCAAGGGAUAUCGAAAGAAUCAUUUUCCCUUUUACUGCACUGCUUGUAUUCAGGUAGCAAUGUUUUUACCCCUGAGAAUGUUAUUGCUUUAUGGCAUGCGAUAAAUAUGCUUCAGAUUACUUGUUUGAAACAAAAAUGUGAAGACUUUGUCAUUGGCAUUAUGGGGCGCAAUUAUGUUGACUUGUACAGACAUGCCAAGCUUCUAGACUGUGAUCGGGUGUUGAACGUUUGCCUGGAUCUUAUGCGUGAAAACUUUGAAACUGUUUCAAAGAUGGAAUCUGUUGUCUAUGUUGACCCUAAGGAUUUCCUGUAUUUGAUUUCCCACAAUCACCUAAUAGUGUCAUCAGAGGAUCUGGUUGUGUACGCAAUUUUGAAGUGGGUUUCCAAACAAGAUCAUUGUAGUUCCCCCGAUGACUUUGGAGAGUCUGUUUCUACAAGUCAUUUGUCGGAUCUCGAUAGUAAUACUGAUAUAACGGAUGUUUGUCAAAAUGUUUUUGAUAAAGGUGCCACUGCUGGGAUUAGCACUUUCAAAGAAAGUGAAGAGGAUGGUUUGGACAUUUCAAGUGACGAUGCUACUCCUUGUGCAACAGUGGACAUUCAUAUUGUGAGCCAGGAGUCAAGAGAUGGACUGAAGAAAGAUGCUGUUAAAGAAAAAAUACAUUCCAGUGCAUUUUUGAAUCCUAAUGUCAGAAGCCAACUCCAAGAUAAAGACACUUGUGGUGUAGCUUUGUCAGAAAGUCCGCUCAGAAGUAUUGGAAAGGAUUAUGCAAGCUCUACACUUGGUCAUAUGUUCUCUAGUGCAGAGAGGAAAUCAUGGUUAAGCAGAUUACUUGGUGCAGCCAAGUUGUGUCUGGUGAGCACUGUGUGCAUUGAGGUGCUAAUGGGGAACCAAGCCGUCCUGGAAUCUCAUGACACUCUUCAGAUGGUGCGGGAAGCUGUAGUCUAUCAACUCAAGCCAAGCCACUCCCUCACUUAUUGGCCAGAAUCUGCUAUACACAGACUUUCCAGCAAACUAGAAAAUGUUGCUGUGUUUCUCCACACCAAAGAUGCCUAUCUGAUGGCGUACAGCUUUGAGCGAGCUGAAGUUUUCUACAUGAGCAGACCACCAUGUUCUCAAACGAGCUCUGGGUGGUUUGGACAGGAAAAUCUUGACCCUCAUAGCUUGUGUGUCUUUGAUGAUCGCAUUUUCUUAGCCAAAGCAAACAAAGUGCAGAGAGGUUUUUCUUUUCCUUUCAGUCGAGAGUCUAGAGAUACAUAUGCAGUCCUGGACAUUCUGUGCACCUUGACAAGCCCUCACAAUUGGGCACCUGUCAUGAGCCAAGUCGAGCGUGUGCAAGUUGUGCUUGGACAUGGGAAACAGCUGUAUCUUAUAGGUUCAUCCAUCUAUCGCAUCACUCCUGGGGAAUCACUCACUCUCUCUAGUGCCACUAAAGUGAAAGCGUUAGCUUCCAUUCUACACACACCUUCCCUGGCUUAUGGUUUCAGAAACAACAUUUUGAUUUUCGGACAGUGCCAAGACGCAGAGAGAGUCAGGGUGACCUUGUUUGACCCGGAGAGUCUUGAGUUGAGAGACUGUCCUGAGGUUGAAGGGCCAGCUGACCACCUUGUGGCUUUCAACACUGAGACAGAUGACUUUUUAUUGCAACGAAAUGGGAGUCUGUGGCAGAUUGAUCAAGACUGUGACAGGUUGAGUGUACCAAAGUUUCGGUUUGUGACAAAACUCUGGGGCUUUGACUGGAACCUGAGAGGAGCAAUUGUGUACAAGAAAAGCUUGUACUUAUUUGGAAACAACAAACCUCAGCCAAUGGAAACCGGGGCUCCUGGUUCAACAGGAAUGUGGUCUUCUAGUCUGCCAGGAAUAUUUGAUAGCAUAAAGGUGGUUCCAGUACCUGCUGCUACACAGUGCCUGCCCGUUGUCUUGCCCAGAGACUGGCUUGUGAUAAAUGUAGCAAGUAUGCAACACGUUAUGUCCAUUUAAUGAUGUCUUUUUUUUCUUAUUGAUGCUUGAUGUAUUCUUGUUAAAGAACCCGGCGAAAAAGUAAUUAUCUUUUCAAUAUAAUAGUACUCUUCAUACCUCAGAGCAAACCCUUUAUUCCAGUACAUUCUAGAAUUUCAUCCCAUGAGUGAUAUUUUUAUAAUGAAGGUCACUCUGCCACAUGGAAGACAAUGUUCAAAGUAUUUAACAUACAAUGUAUACAUAAUAAUAGAUAUUUUGUUCCAGUGACACUCCAAAAAUGACCUCCACCUCAUCCGUAGUGUAUGUGGCAUAGCUGUGAGGUGAUAGCCUACUUGCACCUUGUCUUUGAAGCUACUUUUGCACAAAAGAGCACUACUGGGUGAAUAGCCUACUUUUUGCCAGUAUAUUUUAGAAGAUUAUGAUCAGCAGUAGAAGCUGAUUUUUCAAAUUAAUAAUUUCUCCCUUCUUUUCUUUAUCGUACAUUAAUUUGCAAUUUUCACUCUCUGUCUUUGUUUGCAUAUUCAGCUUACACACGGCAUUGUGCAAAGUCAAUUAUUUUGGAAUAUAUAUAUAUAUAUAUAUAUUAAUAUUCAUUAAGGGAGAAAGGAAAUAUCUUUCUGUCUGUAAUGUCAGUCUGUGUAUCUGGCUCAACCUUUUUCGGUAAAAUUGCCUUUAUAACAUGGGUUGUGGACAGCGUGCUCUGGUGUGGUUUGCUCCUUCUGUCCUAUCAAAAAUCUGUGUUCAGACAUGGUGGAAUCA